AUGGACGACCACCCCGAGACAGCGCUUCGUGAUACUGAGGAUGCAGCCAGCUCGAGUCGCCUGUCGUCGACCUUUGCCACUGCCGAAAUCCCGCCGGAUAUUUCUGACGCGCCGCAACACGAGACUCUCACAAACAACGCCGACGACGCACUGGAGGAAAUCACAGAAUUGUCGUCGUCUGCUUCCUCCCGGCGUCACUCGGCAACAACGGAGGGCUUCCUAGGCGAUGGCCUUGACAACGAUGGCCGACCAGGGCCACAGUCGACAUCCAGUCGGUCAUCGCUUUCUUCGAUCCCAGAUUCAGUGGUGGUGCACCCGAAGGAACAACAGGCUUCAUACGGCAGGGACAGCAUUGGCACGGCUUACGGGGAGCAAGAAUACGUAAACUACAACAACCCCGCGGUAUAUCAGAAGAUACGCGAUCGCAACUCACCCUUCAGACACCCAAGCUCGGUCAAGGCGAUACAAAUGCAGACCGAAGACGAAGAAGAUGAGGACUACAAGUCCCCAUCGAGACGGCGGGCCACUGGUUUUCUGGGCUCUCCUGCUUCGGUACGAUCACUGGGGUCGCCCCUUGUCAGGCGACAUGGCUAUCAUUCAGCAGGUGCAACGCCGAAGAAGUCGCCCGUCAAGAGAGAGAAUCCUCUUGUUCUCCUUCAUUGCACAAUCCUCCCUCCUACCGUUGUCCUCGCCCCUGGCGUGGGCCUACCAGAUAGAAAGAUACUGGAGAAGAUACUGCCACCUCAGUAUUGGCGACGAUGGAAAUUAUUGGAGGAAAAGAUCAUAGCCUCAUCCCUCUUACGUGACCGAGGUUUACUUAUACAACACCCGCAAGAAGAUUAUGGACUGUUGGAGGAACGCGUUCUGGAAAGCUUGGAACUGCAACGGCCGAGGUUGCACAACGGUCAUUUCCUUGACCGCGAGACUAGUGAUUCAGAGGCCGAAACCGCCGAGGACACCAAGGCAUUGGUGUAUAAGGAUGAGGGACAUGAGCGGUCGUGUGCGGAUUGCGGGUGUCACGUCAGCCGGCACGAUGACCAACAGAAAUGGGAUGUUAGAUUUUAUGCGGCAAACGGUCUGAUGAAGGAGGGUGCGUGGACAGCUGCCUGGAAAGAGAUUGAACGCGUGGAUGUACAGGUCAGUUUGUGGUUGCCAUACGGGGUAAAAAAUGAAGUAGAAAGAAGAAUUCAGGAGGAGAAUCUUCUUCCAGCGGAGCAGCAGCAGCAGCAGGAAAAGGCUAUUCAAGCAGCACAACCCGUGGUGGACGAGCGAGAACGCAGACUGCUAUCGCAGGAGCAGAUCGACGGCUUACAUGAUGGCCCGAAACCACAAACAUCAAGGCUAUCAAGACGGGAUAUAUCAGGGCUUGCGUAUCCAGCGCCCGAGACAGCAGAGAAUCGCCAUGCGCAUCAAGACAUCGACCUGCACACACUUGUGAUCAACUCUCUGCGUGUUCUAGCAAGCGACCGACGAAAAGUCGUCACUGCAGUGAGCAUGCUCAUCGCCGUUCUGGCAGUUGUAUUCGGUGGCCGCUGGAGCAGACGAGCUCACUACGGGUCUGAAGUUGUUCAGUUCGGCCAUUUUCCAGCAGUUAGUACUCAGGUCUACUACACCAGUUCUGCAUCAUGCGUCCUGACCCAAACUUCGACAGAGACCCCUCUUUCUGAGAUUGCGAACGGCAUGGAGAGGCCUAGUGAGAUUCAACGAGUGGCUCAAGGGGUGAAAGAAGAAAAAGAAGAAGAAGUCCCUGCAGAUUACAUCGCAUAUGAUGAGUCAGUGCAGUCAGCCAGCCAGCAACCAGUAGAACCGACCAUUGAAACGGCCGAACCAAAAGUGACUGAAAAUCCUUCUUCCGAGGCACAAAUCGAGAUAUCAGAGAGCAUAAGCGUUGACCAGACUAUUCCUGAGCCAAUAGAAGCUCAACCUGUUGAAACUGUUGACCAUCAAGCACUCUCGCCUCCCUCCACGUCCUCCGAAUCUGAUAUGGUUGUCGAUCAUAUAACUCUCGACGAGAACGAGCUGGACACGAAUCCGUCUGCGGAGAUCAAUUCCGCUACUACCGCGGAAAAUGAUGAUGUCGAAGCUACAUAG